AUGGAACAGUCUGCAGGUGAUACAACUAGUUCAUCAUAUACAGGUUCACGUUUUCUUAGUCCUGUUGCUAAUAUGGUCGGUCUAACAGUUGAUCAAUUCAAUUUUAUUUUCUCUGAAUUAUUGUCAUUAAUUCUUGCCAUGUGUUUUCGACGUUUUCUACCUCCUAAACCAAGCAAUAUACUGCCGAGACAUUUAGUCGCAAGUCUUAUUGGCAUAGCUCUUUGUCAUUUCUGUUUUGGCUCACAAAUAUGGCAUAUAAUUGUGCAAUCAUCUGUCGUAUAUCUAAUGUUUUAUGUCAUUCAUCCUAAACAUUCAUAUCUUGUUAUAUUUAUCUUUUGUAUGGUUUAUAUGAGUGCAGUUCAUAUUCAUCGUUUAAUAUAUGAUUAUGGAAAUUAUACACUUGAUAUAAGUGGACCAUUAAUGAUAAAUACUCAAAAAUUAACAGCACUUGCUUUUGCAUUCUAUGAUGGUUAUCGUUCAAGACAACGUGCUCGACGUCGAAGACCUGAUGAAGAUGAUGAACAUACAGCAUUAAGUGAAGAUCAAGAAAAACAAAAAAUAACGGAUCUACCACAUCCUAUUGAAUAUCUUAGUUACAUAUUUUAUUUUCAUGGAAUAUGUGCUGGACCAUUAUGUUUCUUUAAAGAUUAUCGAGAUUUUAUUGAAGGACGUAAUUUACUUGUUAUACCAACAGGUGAAACAACGAACAAAUACACCAAUGAACAACAUCAACCAUUGAAAAUAGAACAACCAUCUAUAUUUUGGCCUGUAUUCACAAAAGUCGCACAAAGUGUUAUUUGGGUUUAUAUAUUUAUGGCUUAUACACCAUAUUAUCCACUAGAAUAUAAUUUAAGUCAAGAAAUGAUUAAUUCUUCAUGGUUUAAACGAUUUUAUUUUCUUGUAUUUUCAGUAUUUUGUGUUCGAGUAAAAUAUUAUUUUGCAUUUAUUUUAUCAGAAGCUGUUAAUAAUGCAGCUGGUCUUGGUUUUAAUGGUUUUGAUAAAAACGGAGUACCACGAUGGGAUCUUUUGACAAAUGUUAAACCACUUCAAUUAGAAUUAGCAACAAGUUUAAAAGUAAUUUUAGAUGUAUGGAAUAUACAAACAGCUAUAUGGCUUCGUCGUGUUUGUUAUGAUCGAUUAUAUAAAGGUCGAACAUUAGGAGUUUUUGUUCUUUCGGCACUUUGGCAUGGUUUCUAUCCUGGAUAUUAUGUGAGUUUUAUCUUAGCAGCAUUCCAAACGUAUGCUGGUCGUGGUAUUCGCCGACAAAUACGUCCAUAUUUUCAAAAGAAUCAAAUUACAAAAUAUAUUUAUGCAUGUCUGACAUGGUUAGGUACUCAAAUAGGAUUAUAUUUUAUUGUAACACCAUUUAUUUUAUUGGAAAUUCGUAAAGCUUGGUAUUUUUAUAAAACAUGGUAUUUUAUAAUACCAAUUAUGUCAAUUAUUCUUGCAUUAGUAUUAAAUGGUGCCAGUUCGAAACCUAAGAAAAAACAAGAACAACAACUAGAAAAAGAAAAAAAAACAUUAAGUUAA